AUUUUCCUCCUCCUCCUCCUCUCUCGCUUCUUUCUCUCUCAAGCGGUUGUUGUUGUUGUUGUUGGGAUGGAUCCGGUGACCGUGUGGGGCAACACGCCGCUGCAUGCGGUGGAUCCGGAGAUCCACGACCUGAUCGAGAAGGAGAAGCGGCGGCAGUGCCGGGGGAUCGAGCUGAUCGCCUCCGAGAACUUCACCUCCUUCGCCGUCAUCGAGGCCCUCGGCUCCGCCCUCACCAACAAGUACUCCGAGGGCAUGCCGGGCAACCGCUACUACGGCGGCAACGAGUACAUCGACCAGAUCGAGAACCUCUGCCGCUCCCGCGCCCUCCAGGCCUACCGCCUCGACCCCACCCGCUGGGGCGUCAACGUCCAGCCCUACUCCGGCUCCCCCGCCAACUUCGCCGCCUACACCGCCGUCCUCCAGCCCCACGACCGCAUCAUGGGCCUCGACCUCCCCUCCGGCGGCCACCUCACCCACGGCUACUACACCUCCGGCGGCAAGAAGAUCUCCGCCACCUCCAUCUACUUCGAGAGCCUCCCCUACAAGGUCAACUCCGCCACCGGCUACAUCGACUACGACAAGCUCGAGGAGAAGGCCCUCGACUUCCGCCCCCGCCUCAUCAUCUGCGGCGGCAGCGCCUACCCCCGCGACUGGGACUACGCCCGCUUCCGCUCCGUCGCCGACAAGUGCGGCGCCCUCCUCCUCUGCGACAUGGCCCACAUCAGCGGCCUCGUUGCCGCUCAGGAAGCUGCGAACCCAUUUGAGUACUGCGACAUCGUCACAACCACAACCCACAAGAGCUUGAGGGGUCCGAGAGCCGGGAUGAUCUUCUACAGGAAGGGCCCUAAGCCUGCCAAGAAGGGCCAGCCCGAGGAUGCGGUUUAUGACUUUGAGGACAAGAUCAACUUUGCGGUUUUCCCGUCUCUUCAGGGAGGCCCGCACAACCACCAGAUCGGCGCCCUGGCUGUUGCCCUGAAGCAGGCAAUGUCUCCUGGGUUCAAGGCCUAUGCUAAGCAAGUCAAGGCCAAUGCUGUUGCUCUUGGGAACUACCUCAUGAGCAAGAAUUACAAGCUUGUGACUGGUGGAACUGAGAACCACCUUGUUCUUUGGGACCUUCGUCCUCUUGGAUUGACCGGCAAUAAGGUCGAGAAACUUUGCGAUCUCUGCAAUAUUACCGUGAACAAGAAUGCUGUUUUUGGUGACAGCAGUGCCUUGGCACCUGGAGGAGUACGAAUUGGUACUCCUGCCAUGACUUCUAGGGGCUUGGUCGAGAAGGACUUCGAGCAAAUCGGGGAGUUCCUCCACCGGGCCGUGACCAUCACCCUGAACAUCCAAAAGCAGCAUGGCAAGCUACUGAAGGACUUCAACAAGGGUCUGGUGAACAACAAGGACAUCGAGGCCCUCAAGGUCGAUGUCGAGAAGUUCUCCGGCUCCUUCGACAUGCCCGGUUUCCUCAUGUCCGAUAUGAAGUACAAGGACUAGAUCCCAAGAGAAUCAUCCAACAUCCUUAGUUUUACUAGUAUCAUCAUCAUUUUUAUCUUCAUUUUUUCCUUCCUGAAUUGUAAAAUUUUCUUUUCAUAAAAGCCCCUCCCCCUACCUACAUGUCCCUCUGUGGACAAUGAGAGAUGUUACAAGCUCUGGGUUUCGUUAUCGCGGUGGUUUGGUAAAUUUUCUGAUAAAUUCAAUGGUCCUGUUGUUUUCUCUGGUCAA